AUGGAUUCGCUUACGACCCACCCGUCGAACGCGCAACAGGCCCGUGCCUUCACCUCGCCUUCCUCGCUCUCCUUCCCAGGCGGUGCCGGUGACCUCACCCCGCCCUCAUCGGAGAAAGAGGCCCAGGCUCUCAACGGUCAACAGCCAGCUGGAGGAAAUGCCGCUGACGGCAACGGGGUGACGCCCGCUACUCCGGCUGCGACUCCUGGCGCUGCCACCCAAAACAACCCCAGCGGCAUCGUGCCCACUUUGCAGAACAUUGUGGCUACGGUCAACCUGGACUGCCGUCUUGACUUGAAGACUAUCGCGCUGCACGCGCGUAACGCCGAGUACAAUCCUAAGCGUUUCGCCGCCGUCAUCAUGCGUAUCCGUGAGCCCAAGACUACCGCUCUGAUCUUCGCCUCUGGCAAGAUGGUCGUCACUGGUGCCAAGUCGGAGGAUGACUCCAAGCUGGCAUCCCGCAAGUAUGCUCGAAUCAUCCAGAAGCUUGGUUUCAACGCCAAGUUCACGGACUUCAAGAUUCAGAACAUUGUCGGCUCCUGCGAUAUCAAGUUCCCCAUCCGUCUGGAGGGUUUGGCCUCUCGUCACCACCAUUUCAGCUCCUACGAGCCUGAACUCUUCCCCGGUCUCAUCUACCGUAUGAUGAAGCCCAAGAUUGUGCUCUUGAUCUUCGUCAGUGGCAAGAUUGUCUUGACUGGCGCCAAAGUGCGUGAGGAGAUUUACUCGGCUUUCGAGCUGAUCUAUCCUGUGCUCUCUGAUUUCCGCAAGGUUUAA